AAUAUUCUUAAAAAACGUAAAUAUGUCUAGUGAAACAAUUUUUGAAUACCGACAUAAAAAAUUUGACCAACGGAAGCGAAGUCGGGAAGAUGAUUCUUUUUCAUCGGAAAAUGGAACCAAUUCAUCCAUUUUAGAUCUAAGUGAUUCAUCCAAAGCUUCAAUUUCAUCAACAUCAGUCAUAUCAAAACCAAUCAAACAAAGAAGAGUGGUUAAAACUUUCAAACAAGUGCCUCAAACCCAAUCUCCUCAUCCUUUCGAACAAUCUGACAGUGAGCUUCGACAAAGGAUGCAAUUGAUUAAUCUUCAUCAGUACAUUCCACCAAAUCCAACUGUUCCGAUAGUGAAUGGAAUUCUUCCCACAACAAAAAGUUUUGAAGAUAGAAUUUUAUUUAAAACAGAAAUUAUCGAACCCAACGAUUCGGUGAACUAUGAAUCUUCACUUCCAAAACAAAAAAGAAGAAGAACUCAAUCUGAACAAUCAAUCAAAAUUGAACCACAAUCAACAUCUUCAGACUUGAAGAUCAAACAAGAACUCAUCGAACUCAAUACACAUUUACCGGCAAUUCCUAGAGAAGCUUACGAGGAUAUUUGUAAGUUUAGGAGCAAUAUGGUUCGAAAAUUUCCAAAAAAAGAACGCAGUAUCAAGGAACAAGAACGGCGCGAUAAAAAUACUUAUGCAUGUCGGAAAAGCCGUCGAGUUAAGAAAAUCGAACAAGUUGCAGUGGAAGAAGAAUAUAAGAAUUACAAAAAUGCAAAUCUACGAAUGGCGGAAUAUGCAAUUAGAGCGGCAGCUUAUUUUAAAGAACUGACGAAAAUGACCGCUGAGGCAGCAGCUUCGGAAGUUAUUGUAGUAGAUUAA